AUGCGUGCCGUCGCCUUCUGCCUCCUGGCCCUCGUGGUCGCGGCCUCCGCCCGGGAAUUCCCCCUGGCCCAGUACCGCAGCCUGCUCCAGGAGAGGACGGAGCUCAACUGCGAGACCGACUCCAUGGCCACGCUCAACCUGCAGGGCUCCGGAUCCGGCUUCGCCCAGGCCACGGCCUUCUGCCAGGCCCUCGCCGACGCCGAGAAGGUUAUCAAGAGUGUGGUGGAGGACUACAUCGAGGUCUUCGAGGGCGAGAGCUCAAAGGGCCAGUGCACGGAGGCCAAAGCCAGCGAGGCCGUGACGGGCGUCGCCAAGGCCAUCGCCAGCGCCUACACCAGCGUCACCACCAAGGUCGAGAUCACGGGCACGGGCCAGGCCUGCGCCUCCGGCUUCGCGGCCGGCGACUCCCUGGCCGUCUCCCUGGUCAAUGUCUACCUGAGGGUCAGCGUGGAGCUCAUCGAGAAGAAGUACCCCACCAAGAGCUACGGCCAGGACGUCAAGAAGGCCGUCGACGAGAAGGUCGACUCCGCGACCGGCGAGGCCUCCGGCUCCGCCGUUGCCGCCGCGAUCGCCAAGGCCUGGGCCGCUGCCACAGGCGAGGCCUGCACUACCGGCGGCUUCAAGUCGGACUUCCAGGAGGCCUUCGUGAAGUCCACCACCACCGCCGUCGCCGAGCUGUGGGCCACCGUGAUUGUGGAGCUGUGCUCUAACUUUGACGACGCCAAGAAGGACGAGCUGAAGGAGUGGGCUGAGAAGACCUCCAAGUCUUUCUCCGAGAUUGCUGGUGACGUCAGCGUCGAAGGGGUCGUCGAGCAGAGCACCACCGAGGGGGGCGCCGCCUCCGGGGUAGCGGGCGAGAUCCCUGUCUGCGGCGCGACCAGGGGCAUCUGCUGCAGCGCCAACAACAAGGGCCAGGACAACUGCAGCUGCGGACCAGGAUGCUCGAUGAAGAAGGGCAGCGGCGGCCAGGGGACACAGAUUGUGUGGGAGGACGAUAACUCCGGCGAAACCUGCUUCUGUGCUUAG